UAGUGGUCGUUUAGGAGGGAUAUAAUUGGGCGCAUGAUGUAAACAUGGAAUAAAAACCGCAAGGCUGCAUCUCCAUUUCCCGUCGCUCUGGUCCAUUAUCGGCGUUCAAUAUUACAUGAGGUGCUGGCUAACAACAGCUCGUCUGUCUGGACACGGGAGGCGGGCAAGCAAGUGAGAAAUAAGCCAAGAGCGGAGGAGAGGAAAGAGGAGUUGGGCAUUGUUUCAUCUUCGCUUCAAAGGUUUCUGGAGUUGCUCUCUGGCUUUGGACCGAAUCCGGUUCACUGAGACACGAUGCUGGGUUUUUCAAGCUGACCGAGCCGACAAGUGGAGAUUUUCUUGUCUUCUUUCCAUCCGCUUUGAUUUAUUUUGUUGUUGUUGUUUGUUUUUUGUUGUUUCUUUUCUUUUUUUGACUGGACUGUGAAGACCGGAAACACACGCUGAUAUGUUGCAUUUCUGAGGUAGACACGUGCCCGUGGGUGAGGCCCACUGAUCCAGACAUCCUUACACACCCCUUUAUCCCUCACCCCUGCCCCCCUCCCUUCCCUUCACUUCAGGCAUCAUGACUUCUACCAGUCAACUAUUGGGUUUGGCGGAGGUCGGGCUCAGGUGUGACCAGGAGAUUGAGAGGAAAUACGAGAUCGUGCCCUCAGUGGUCUGCUCCAUGUGCUGCCUCUUUGGAAUCAUCUACUGCUUCUUUGGCUAUCGAUGCUUCAAGGCCGUGUUGUUCCUCACAGGCCUCAUGUUUGGCUCUGUGGUCAUCUUCAUGCUGUGCUACAAGGAGAGGGUGAUGGACACUCAGCUCAGCGUAGAAGCCUCAGUCGGCAUCGGCCUGGGCAUCGGGACCCUGUGUGGCCUGGUGACCAUGCUGGUUCGAAGUGUGGGACUGUUUAUGGUAGGCCUGCUGCUUGGCCUGCUGGUUGGAGUGGCUUCACUGGUGGUCAUGGAGGAGUUCUACCACCCCAAAACAGUGUGGGUUCCUCUGGGUAUCCUCCUGGGUUCUGGGACGUUAUUUGCUGUCCUCACUCUUCAGUGGCAGUGCUGCUUCGUCACCUUCUCCACGGCCACCUUCGGCUCUGCCAUCAUCACUGUCACCGUGGAUUACUUUAUAGAGCUGUUCGCCUUGGUGCACUAUAUCUAUGAGAGACUCAGGGUGGCGCCAAAGAAGCCAGUGUGUUGGUUUACUUGGGUCAUCUUGGGGGUGUGGCCUGUCCUGGCCUUGCUUGGAGUGCUGAUCCAAUGGAAAGUCACUGCAGAGGGAUUUUCUCACACAGAGGUGGUUUUGAGUCGACAGCAACGGAGGGUCCAGCUCAUGCGUAUCCGACAGCGGGAAGAGAGGCUAAAGAAGGAGAGGGAGAACAAGAAGAAGAAAAGGCGACAGACCCAGAAGACCAGCCACAAGCAGAAGGCCCACACCCAUCACCACCACCACCAGCAGUAUCACCACCCAGCAGCAUCCCACCCACAUCAUCAAGCCCAGAGCUCUCAGCCUCCUAAAGUCCCUCCUCCACAGACUGAACCCGGCUACCACCGCAAGGCCAACCCCAAAAGGCGCUUUGAUGGAGAUGUGCUAUCACCAAGCUACAUCAGGAGUUUCAGGGACAGACAGACUGACAGACGGGCAUACUCCCACAGUCGAAUGAUGAGCCGUUCCAGGAUGGCCGAGCUCGACUACGAUUGUGGCUCUCAAGUGCCCCUCACAGCCCCCAGCGGACACCCAGUUCGCAUAUGAGGCAGCGAAAUGCACAAAUCCACACACACACAUACACACACACAAUUGCACAAUCACAUUAGGCUACUUCAAAACUCUUUGUCACAGUUAGGGAUAGAAAACCUAACCUUAUGGUGCCAUCCUAAUCAACUUCCUAUCCUAACAGGAACUCAAUAUGCCCCAAAGGUGGUAUGACUGAGUUUCACACUGGUUUUCUCCACUCAGACCUGGUAAAGGUUAUAUUUAUUAGUUCAGUUUGGUCCUGUUUUGCUCUAUUUGAAUGUCAAAACAAAAUGGCCAAAAAGGAGCAAACACUGAUUGUAGCUGAAGGUAAUGUGGUCAAAUCUCAGACAUCAUGUGUCAUCACACACUGUAUCUGGCUCUUCUCUCAAUGUACUUAUUUGGAGGACAUUGGAAAAAACUGGACCUGCCUUGUUGGGAACUUAUUGAACAGUCUCUGCUGAACAUUUGAUUUAAAGACUUGGUUGCUUCAAGCACUAGGAAGUAAUAUCCAGUGGUAUUGCGGGGGGAUGUGGGGGUGGGUCAAAACACAAAUUUCUCCUCAAGAGGCUGCGCCAUUUCAGAUAAAAAUGCAUCACAUGGUAUUUGUGUUGUCAAGAUACGAAAUGAUUUGCUUUAAGGAUUCCAUUAAGAGCACUCAGAGGAAAAUGACAGAAAAUAGCAUAAAAAAUACAGUUAACACUACAACAGAAAGGCAGCUCUUCUCUAUUGAAAGGUCAGCAUGUAAAUUAAGGUGUUCAUGAAAUCAGCCUGUUGUCUUCACUGACAGCCUUUGAAUCCAAAUAAUGGCAGCUGCUUCAAAAUGCAGCAGUGGGGCUGGUUUUAGGUGUGCAUUGUAUUAAGCAGCUCACACCGAAGACAAUUUUUAUCUCAUUUCUCCCAUGAACACUCAACGUGUCAUUUCCAAUGCUGUUGCCAUUUUCCAAGGGGAAUGUGCUACAAUCUUAUUGCUUUCCUUGUGCCGUCAAUCUCCAACUGUUUAAAUUACGGACCUGAGCAGGAAACACAUCCAUGCUUCCCCUCUUCUUUCCUCUUUCCGGUAAAUUCAAAGCUACUGUAUGUAAUUCUGUUUAUUGACAUGUUUCUAAGUGCUCUCAUGUUCCAUUUCCACCUCCUUUCCCAACAACAAUCUACCUUUACAGAAUUUGUCAGCUGUUCAAACACGCUGUUAAGGCACAAAGACAUUUCACUGCUGUCUGAUAACUGGUCGUCCAGGAGUUUGACUGUUGACAUUGAAAUCUGUUUGGAGGGGACAAUACAUGACAGUAAAAAUUUUAAAUAUAGUGUGUUUGUGUGUGUGAGUGGACACAUGAGCCCUGUGGCAAGUGACGGCUUGUACCAAACAUCGGGCAGGGAGAGGGGGAAUCAUUGUAAUGUAUGUAGAACGUGCUCUAUUGUUUUGAUUCUUUUUCAACAAUGCUGGUCUGUUUAAAUUUGACCCUUUUAGUUUGGGUGAAGAGUUAGAUGAUGAAAAGAAGGAGGUUUUUUUAAAUGAAGAUAAUCUCCUGUGAAAAGAUGAAAGCAUUUGUAAAUGGCGCCCUCUAAUGUUUACUACUGGACCUUUUUUUUCUAGACUUAUGUGUGAAUAUGUUUGUGUGUACAUGCAUUUGCGUGUGAUUCGCUUUUAAAAUCAAAUGUGCUAACAUUGCUAUUGUUGUACUGAACAUCCAGAGAGUUGAGGGAGAUAGAUGUGUAAAGGAAUUACUUUCAUUGCAGCUGAACUAUUUUUGUUUUAUUUGAACCUCUUUGGAACUGAGAUAUUGUUGUUCCCCAUAAUAAACAAUGUCACUGUUCCAACUGUGAUUAAAUGCUACUGUAAAAAUACACAAAUGAAUACCCCAAAAUACAAAAAUGAAUUCCUCAACGCAUAAAUGUUUGUUUGUUUUUUAAUUCUAAUUGGGAAGAAAUCAUGGCCUUUUGGAUUAUAUGUAUUAUCUAUUUUUAUGUAGAUUUUAUUUCUGAGGUUUAUAUCAACAAAACAAUCCUACUAUACUUAAAUACUAAAGUGCCGCUAAAUACUGAGGUGGUGCAUGGAAUUAGCAGGCUUUACAGUUCUUUGUGUGAUGGACUUGGGAAUGGAGGACUAGUAAUUUACACCUUAACCCAUUACUGCAUGAGAAUCCUUGUGUAACUGUUUCCAAUGUGUCAGUGUUUCAGUGUGUCACUGUUGUCAUGUAAAAAAAACCCCUCAGAUUUCCAGUUUAAUUUGUUGGUCCCAGGGUGCACAAAACACUUUCAACGUCGACUGAAUGAAGUAAAAACUGUGGAAGGAUGAUGGCCUGAAGUGUAAUGUACUUCAAUAUGAACAAUAUGCAGAAGUGAGUGUUGUAAUCUGAUUGUUUUCAGUGACCACAGUGCAUUUUUUUAGUAACCAACAAACACCUUUGAAAGCUAUUCAGUCCCAGUAAAUAUGUCUAACUCUUCUCUUCUCUUCUCUUCUCUUCUCUUCUCUUCUCUUCUCUUCUCUUCUCUUCUCUUCUCUUAUUUUUGUCCAUUUUAAAGGGCUUUGGAAAGGCAUUUGAAUAAUUUCCCUCCUCUUGACAUAUACUAUGCUAAGUCACCUUCUGUUUUGCUGUAUCAGUGUUACUCCAAUAAUGUUUUACGGUAGUGGCUGUUCAAGUGUUAUUUUGGGUUUUGCCUACAUUUCAGACCUGUUUUGUUCUUCUUUUGUGGUUUAAUUGUCGUGCAGUUGUGACAUUAUCACUGUCCUUACUUGGAAACAAAAGGUUAAUUCUAAACAUUGGCUCUUCUCUUGCUUGUAAUUAAGGGACAAAACAAAUAAUUCUUUUAUUACUCUUCUUUAAAUUUGCUUUUUUCAUUUCUAUUAUUUUCUGUGAUUGCUUAUCAAUGCUGAAUAUAUUUUGGGGGAACACUUUUAUUGUAGAUAUUGGAACUGUAAAUAGUUUUUCAAUGUACAAAUGAUUGGUCCCUUUUUCAUCUUUAUGCCAUGAUCGUUUAUGUUAUGUAAUUUAUCCAGCUGAUUAUUUUCUAACGGAGUAGACUUGUUUUAUAUUGUGUUACUACUGUAUGUCCAGUUGGUUUCAUUUGGCCGGGUGGUGGAUGCACUUGUAUCAUUGUCAUCCUGGUGUUUCAACGUAUGAUGUUGAAAAUCAACAAUAACAAACUGAGCCUUGACUAUGAUUAUCAGCAGUUAUCAGUAAUUCAAUAAUUGCGAGACAGCAAUUAAUUUUCCUACCACCCUGUUUAAAUUUGUACAAAUAACCUGGUCAUUAUUAUUAUUAUUAUUAUUAUUAUUAUUAUUAUUAUUAUUAUUAUUAUUAUUGAGCAUGAAUUU